UCAAGAGAAAAGUGCAUAAAAGGCUCGAGAUUUCUCAAAGAAGCCUUCACACACCAACACGGAUGGUCAAAGCGUCGUCGUACCUGUGGUUAUCAUUUUAUUAGCCUUUCCCGCCGUUUCUCGAUAACCAAGCAGAGCUUUUACUAUUCCCUCUCACUAGGGCUUUAAUCAGCUCUCUCAGAACGUUUCAGGGACAUAAACAUGGGUUCGAAAUCAAAGCCUCUCAGACUAAAAAAGAAGUCAAAGCGUGAAGAAAUUGUUAAAGAUAGGAUUAGUGAGUUACCAGAUUCAAUUCUUUGUCACAUGCUUUCCUUCAUUCCAACAGAAUAUGCUGUGAGGACCAGCAUUCUGUCUACAAGAUGGAAGAGCAUAUGGGCUUCUGUUCCAAAUCUAGACUUCGAAUAUAGAGAUGACUCUGUUUUGUUGGCAGAUGAAUAUGAUUCUGAGUCCUAUGCUGGCUUUUUCACUUUUGUUGAUCGUGUACUUUCCUGCCGUGACCCUUUAGAUAUUAAAAAAUGUCGUCUUCAUUGUGACUGCCGCAAAGAGGAUUUCUCUCGCAUUGAUGGUUGGAUUCGAACUGUCAUUAGGCAUAAUGUUGUUGAACUUGAUCUUAUUGUUAAAAUAGGACUUGAUGAAGAUAUUGACCAGCCUUUGGAGUUGCCUCAAUGUGUUUUCAUGUGCAAAACACUGGUGGUUUUGAAGGUGAAUUCAAAUUGUAUUACAUACACUCCUCCUACAUCAGGGUGUUUUCCAAGUCUCAAGUUCCUACAUGUCAGUGUUGAGUAUCCUGAUAAUGACUCAAUGGAAAAGAUUUUUUCUUGCUGCCCUGUUCUUGAAUGUUUGACUAUAAAUGGAAUGCUUGGAUUAGAUGAUGUUUUGAAUUUCAACAUCUCUGUGCCUGAACUAAGGAGGUUGAGACUGGAAUUGAAACUGGACUGUGUUUAUAAUGUAGAUAUUAAGCACACUUUUUUUGUAAAUUGCCCAAAGCUUGAAAGCCUUGAUAUCAAGCAGGAUAUUUUGUCAAAUUAUUUAUUCGAGAAUGUGAAAUCCUUGGUCAAAGCAAAUGUCGAUAUCUGGUACCAUUUUGAGCAUGACCAGCAUGCCUGUGCAACUGCGCUUCUGGCCGGAUUUUCGAAUGUUAAGUACCUGUCUCUUUCAGCUCGUUUUUUGGAGGGUGGUUGUCUGCCUGCAUUUGAUAAUUUGAGCGAAUUGAAGCUGGUUCUUUAUGAUUGCUAUAACUGGGAUUUGCUAACAGAGUUGCUGAAGAGAUCACCUAAUCUGGAGUAUCUUGUUGUGGAACAUAAAGAAUACCGGGGAUGUGAUGAGGAUUACGAGGAGCACAAAACGUACUCGAAACAUGUCUUAUACUCAAAGCAGCGAUGGAGAAAACCAGAAUCUGUGCCUGUUUGUUUGAUAUCACACCUGAAGACUAUCACCAUAAGGGGAUUCAAGGGAUACCCGCAUGAGGAGAAAUUGGCUAAGUAUUUGUUAAAGGAGGGUCAAGUUUUGAGUAAGAUGACUAUUUAUAAUGACUUAGCGAAAGAAUUUUCAAUGUCUCAAAGGGCUUCAAAGGCUUGUCGAGUUGAAUUUAUCUGAAUGUUUUAUUUUGUGAGACCAAUAUUGGGGUUUAGAUGGAUUCUGUUAUCAAAGU